AUAACAUUCAAGUCGAAGAAUAACGAGUCAAAGAGUUUGUCUGUUUGGAAGAUAGUAUGUGUAUGUAAUUACAUACUUUGUAUCAUCAUAUUUAUCCUAUUUGGUAUAAAUUAUACGUGUAACUCUAUCGUUGUACAGGAACAGGUUCAUAAGUACCUGGUGAUUCGUCGUGUUUAAAGUUACUAUAAUAUUAUAUGAAAAAAAUGUGUGCCAUUUUUAUUCAUCGAUAGAAACAGUUUACUUGAAACGAAUAGAACAAGAGAUAAAAAUAGAAUUUAUUUACGUUUAAAAAGAAUCGAGUCAGUUAUGGAAAAGGCACUACAGUGGCGUAUCGUGACCAAAAGGUUAAAGCAUCGUAUGAAAAGAAUUUUUGGAAAUUAAGCUGCAUAACCAUUCUGCAUAUCGUUUCUUUAUUUUUCCUUCGCGGUUUGAUUUUGACGUUAUUACGAAGAUGACUACGAUGACGAUUAACUAUAAAUUUUGUUUACAGACGACACGUUUAUAAAAUUGGUAGAUAAAAUUGAUGAUUAUUUUUGUAUGGAUUCGAGAAAGCAGCAGCAACAGUAACAUAUUUGGAUUGUUGCAGAACGUUUUUUGAAGGGAAAUGAUUACGUAUUCAACUAUAUUGAUCUUUUGCUAUGUUUAGAAAUAUCUCUGUUUCCCACCCCCUCCUGUUUCUUGGCAACGCUCUACACCAUAACCCUCCGUGUUUCCCUGCCGAUCGGCGAGAUUGCCGUUACGAUUAAAGAAAAGUUUCUAUUUCAAUUUGUCAAGUGAAGUUUGAUCGUUUCUAUUUCGCUUCUCUGUUUUAAGCGCAACCGUAAAGCGAGAAUGGUAGUUUUAAAGACCGUGGAAACGUAUGGAUGGAGAAACUGGACGAAAGACAGUAAGAGAAAUUGAAAUAAGGAAAGAGUUGUAGGGGAAAGAGGAUGGAAAGCGAGAGUUAAAAACAUAAUAAAAGAGAUCGCGUCGAUGAGGAGAUAGAAUAGCAGAAUGAAAAGAGGGGACGGUGAACCGAACCGCGCGUGCGAGCGAAGAGCAGGUAGGUAAAUAAUGGGGCGCGAAGGUUGACGUAACGCAUGCUCCGAAACGUUUUCCCGGGGUGAUGAUCAGUGUGGGAAACUAAGCCAGCAGGCGAGGCUGACAAACCGUUCGAUCGUUACGAGGUGAAUCAGUGACCGGAUGUACCGCGAAUCACAUAUACAUAUAUUAUUCCUAUUUACGUAUGAUUAUUUUUCUGGAAAACCAUCGAAACCAUCUCUCUAACAUCGAUCUUUAGUUUACGUAGAUAUUAAUAUUUCAGUUGAUCGAAAGAAGUGAGAUAAGUGGUAAUUAAGCACGGAUAAAAAUGUUAGUAAAACAGCUCGCGUAGAUUAAUCGAAGUUUGUUACGAGAAACGAGAAGCGAUACUUUUCUUGUCUAUAAGAGCCAUUAAAUUUCAUUUAAAACGCUCAAACGUUUAGUCGUAAUAAAUGUGGCAGAGAAGAAUUGUAGGCGAAGUAAACGCAACGUUCGAUAACAAGUACAUACUAACAGCUGUCUGGAUGUGUUGACUCGAGAUAGUUUUGAUCCAGGCUCGCUCGUAAAACGAAUGCGCACCACCUGUAGCUCGAUAUCUACGCUUAAAAGGUCAACCGCCCCUCUGUCGUUGAUUUUCUCUACGAAUGUAAGUGAAAGGGUUCUGUUUCUCUGUCUGCAUCUUUAUCGAAUACGUACAAUUAAUUGAUGCAAAAUUUACUAGUUUUUUUUACUGCGUCUUCUACGUUUGCGAUUGUUAGGCGUGCUCUUACAAUAAUGUUGCAUUCUUUAGCGAACAACGGGAUUUUCACCGAUCCCUUUGAAAUUCGAAAUAAAGAUCACAGCGGGCUUGUAAUUUACGUGCGUGAGAAAUUAAACGAUCGAGAUUCAAGGAGGAUAUGUUUGACUGUUUCGAACGUUUCGAGAAAAUAAAUGAAUGUUGUCAUUUUGACGAUAGCGUAAAUUGGAAUAAUAAGCGUAACUAUUGUACAGGCGACGCGACAGUUGGAGAAGUUUGAAUAAACGAUCAGAUGAAAUACGACGCGUGCAUACUACGUACAUAGGUCAUACAUAUAUGUACAUUUUCAUGUACUCGGACAUGAUGUUAUUUCAUUAUUUAUUUACGAUUAUGAGUUUAAAGCAAUCGCAUGAUAAUUACACGGUAAUUACCGUGCGAUUUCUCUGAAAUUAUAAUCCCAAAUAAGUAAACAAAGUUAGAUUUUUUCGAAUACUAUUUCUUAUUAGUAAAGUCCAUGUAGAAAAAAUACUAAUGGUGUUUCGUAACGUAGCAAUCGUUGUCAACGGUGAUGUUUUAAUAGAAUUUGAUCGUUAUCAGAGGUGACUAUGCGAGAUCAGCCUUUGUAAUUUGAAGCGUUUUAAGUAUCUCUUGCAACAGAGAACAGGUGAAACGAAGAAAAAGAAGAAGAAGAAGAAGAAAAAGGACGAGGAAGGAGAGAGAGAGAGAGAGAGAGAGAGAGAGAGAGAAAGAAGAGGACAAAGAUAAAAGAGAUGAAACGAAAUUAAACUAUAGAGAAUAGGGGGAAGGAAGAGAAUAAAAAAUUAAGGGAAUAUAAGAAGGAGGUCGUUGCGGUUCCGUGUGGUGUGGUGGAGCCGAGCAACGUUUUAACGACAACGUUCGUUCUCGCUCGGUUGUGGCUUUCUUUUUAACGAAACUGUUUUAAGAAGGGAUGGUUACGCUUUGUUUUGUCGAGAUGUAAACGCAUUUUAUUUCUAUGCGACGAAGGUUCGUGCGAUCGUGAGAAUUAUAGAAUUCGUAGCGUUAUCGUACUAACGAUGACCGAGAGAACAAACAGUAUCAUCGUCGCAUCGUGUAAGUGGAGCAUGGAGGAACGGGAACAAAUUUUAGCUACUGGAACAUUAGACGAAAGGAAGGAGGCUUUUAAAGACGACGAAGAACUGAUGCGAGAAACCAGCAAAUUUGUGAUCGAAGUUAUAGAAACAGCGACCACCGAGGCCUCGAGAUGUAAAAUGUAUUCGGAGAGAGGCGAUGCCAGCGAAGGAACUAGAUUGAAAGGUGAGGAUAGCAUCGCUGGUUGGAAUCAUCGAGCACGUGGGUUCUGCAAUCGAAUACUGAACGCGCUUUGUCCAUGUUUCACCAACAAUGAAUUAUUCGCCUGGACACCAUACCGGUAUCGCUUCACGAGACCCUAAUCGGUCGCUGCCUUCCAGAAUUACCGUACAUUGCAGAACAACCAUUGAUUCGAUUGAUAAACGCGUCGUUGGCACGAUUUAAUUUACUUCUAAUUUACUGCUUCGUCGUAACAUCGUGGUCUUACGAUUCUUACGAUUUCUCGUAAAUAUUUUCAUUCGAUGCUACAGUCCGUUCGUUUAGCUUCUUGUCGUUCGCUUCCAUUCUCUACUUUUGCGAAUCUUUACUAGAUUUUAGUUUAAUAGAACGAAAGUUAUCUGCCGUUUCCUCGCGCCACUCGUUGUUUAUGCUAUACCAGUAAAAUGUAUCUCCCAACACCAAUUAUAUCGCCAUGUUCGAAUUACUUUUUCUAGUAGGUGAUCGGGAAAUGAACAUUUCUUUCGGAUCUUUCCUCCGCUACUAUGUAUUUAUACAUAUACAUAUACAUAUUUGAAACAGCGGACCGUAGCAAAACAGUCGAUGGAUUGGAUCUAAUGACAGUUUAGUUUCAUUUUUAUAUCACAUAUGUAUAUCAAAAGAAUCAAUUUUAUUGUCCAUUCGGUGGAACAAAACACUACAAACUUAUUUAUCUAAUAAUUUCGUAUUUGCGUGAUUGCGUGCGUGCGUGCGUGCGUGCGUGCGUGCGUGCGUGCGUGCGUGCGUGCGUGCGUGCGUGCGUGCGUGCGUGCGUGUGUGUGUGUGUGUGUGUGUAUGCCAGAAUGAGGAAGAUAGAAACAAUUAUGGCAAAAAUAAUGGGAAUUUAUAUUUAAAUUUAUCGUACAACAAUCACUUGAUGUGGGAUCAACAGGUAGAGAAAUCGGUCGAUUGACAAUCAAACGAAUAUGUUACGCAUGCGUGCGAGUUUACAUUUACAUAUACAUAUGUACUCUAUUUUUUGUCCGCAGUUUUAAGCACCGAUAAACUAAAUCGCAUAGUCGAUGUUGGUUUCUGAAAAACUGUCCUAUUCUGAACCUGCUACAAGGAAUAAUUUAUCGAUCAAACGAAUCGUUGCAACGCGAAAUAAUAUAUCCAUGUAUAUUUCUUUGUGUAUACUCGUGUAUACGUCUGUUUGUUGUAUGAACAAGCAUACUACUAAUUUUAUGUAUCCGUUAAUAAAUGUAGAAAUGCAAAUACGAAUGUUCGCAAAGUAUGUAUAUCUAGAUUUUUGUUGCGUUUCUAGUUUUCGUUUAUAAGGAAAAACGUGGAACGAGAUAAGUGUGUGAAACUGUAAACACAAAAGGAAUCGCGAUACAGAGCGUUCAAAA